CACUGCUCCCCGCCGCCGCCGCCGAUCCGCGGCCGCCGCCCCGCUCCGAUCCGCCCCGCGCCGCACGGAUCGCCGCGCCAUGGACCAGUACGAGAAGGUGGAGAAGAUCGGGGAGGGCACGUACGGGGUGGUGUACAAGGCCAAGGACCGCUACACCAACGAGACGAUCGCGCUCAAGAAGAUCCGGCUGGAGCAGGAGGACGAGGGCGUCCCCUCCACCGCCAUCCGCGAGAUCUCCCUCCUCAAGGAGAUGCAGCACCGGAACAUCGUCAGGCUGCAGGACGUGGUGCACAACGAGAAGUGCAUAUACCUCGUCUUCGAGUACCUCGACCUCGACCUCAAGAAGCACAUGGACUCCUCCGCGGACUUCAAGAACCACCACAUAGUCAAGUCCUUCCUCUACCAGAUCCUGCGCGGCAUCGCCUACUGCCACUCGCACCGCGUGCUUCACAGGGAUCUCAAGCCCCAGAACCUGCUGAUUGAUCGCCGCACCAAUUCAUUGAAGCUUGCUGACUUCGGGUUGGCCAGGGCGUUCGGCAUUCCUGUCCGGACAUUUACUCACGAGGUGGUGACAUUAUGGUACAGAGCACCAGAAAUUCUUCUGGGUGCAAGGCAGUAUUCUACCCCUGUUGAUGUGUGGUCGGUUGGUUGCAUUUUCGCCGAAAUGGUGAAUCAGAAACCUCUAUUUCCUGGUGAUUCUGAGAUUGAUGAACUCUUCAAGAUUUUCAGAAUUAUGGGCACUCCUAAUGAAGAAACCUGGCCAGGUGUUUCUUCGUUACCUGACUACAAAUCAGCUUUCCCCAAGUGGCCGUCCGUGGAUCUCGCAACUGUGGUUCCAACACUCGAACCUUUGGGACUUGAUCUUCUCUCUAAAAUGCUCUGCUUAGAUCCAACCAGAAGAAUCAACGCCCGAACCGCCCUCGAGCACGAGUACUUCAAGGAUCUGGACGUAUCCUCGUAGAUCACUUGCCCUGCUCCUCUGUAAAUUAAGAUCGCGUCGACUGAUCGACAGCUUCCUGGAUCGUGUACUCUGUGCUCCUUUCUCUCCUAUUCUUUCUGACUCUGGCUGUGUAGAGAGAAAUGAGAACGGAGGCGCCUCCUGAUUCACCCUUCCGUGUAGUCCAAAGCCAAUUGAAAAAUGAUCCUGAUGCUCUGGGAGCUCUGCAUUGCGAUUUCGCCCGUAUUUAUAUGGACAUCGACGCCGGCGCCAGACUUGUUCAUGUACGAUGAAUUUUGGAGUAGUAGCAGAUAGUCAAGGGGCUGCAGUGUUUCAUGAACUACCAACUGAUGUGACAAUGUUUGGUAGUGUACUACUACUUGUACUUGGUAAACAUCAUUAUCAUCAUGAAUGGAAUCAGUUGUGGACAACUA